AUGUCCGCUCCUGUAACCGUGAAAGAUCUCUUGUCUAAGCCAUCGGCUGAAAUUGCCUCGUUUUUGGGAGGAAUUUACGAGCACUCGGCAUGGGUUGCGGAAGCCUUGGUAAAAGAUGCGGAAUCGCUCGCAUCGAUCGAGACAAUUUCCCAGCUGGCGGCUGCCAUGAAAGCCAUUGUCAACAAGUCUUCUAAAGAUCAAAAACUGGAAUUGCUUUGUGCACAUCCGGACUUGUGCGAAAAAGUAGGCAAACUCGAAAUGUUGACGGUCGAGAGCCAAGAAGAACAAUCCCGAUCGGGAUUGCAGUCUUUGACGGACGCAGAAUUAGAGCGCUUCAACUCUCUCAAUGGUGCCUACCGUGAUCAGUGCGGCUUUCCUUUUAUUUUAGCCGUCCGUAACGCCACCAAACAUACCGUAUUGGCCGCUUUGGGCGGACGCGUCCAGCACACUCCCGAGCAAGAAUUUAUGGUGGCGCUUGAGCAGGUGCACAAGAUUGCCUGGAUGCGACUGUUGUCUAAAAUCGAUACUAGCGACGCGCAGGGCUUUUUGACUUGCCACGUGUUGGACACGGGGAACGGUUGUCCUGCCGAAAAGAUGCGUAUUCAUCUGCAUCGUUUGUCGCCUCCGGAAAUGGCAGGUCUCGUGGGUGAAUUUGUGACGAAUGAUGACGGACGUUUAGAAGGAGGCCCGGCCCUCAAGGGUGGUAAGGAAUUUACGGUUGGCCAGUACGAAUGGACCUUUUUUUGUGGGGAAUACUUUGCUUCGAAAGGAACCUUCACAUCCGGACAACCCUUUCUGGACACAAUUCCGCUGCGCUUCGGAAUCGACAAUCCGGACGAUCAUUAUCACGUUCCUUUGCUGGUAAGCCCGUGGAGCUUUUCCACCUACCGCGGGUCGUAG